AUGGUGAUCAUGGAGCGCAGCAAACUUCCAGAGCUGGCCGCCAGCACCUCCGUGCAGGAGCAGAACACCACGGAUGAGGAGAAGAGUGCUGCCACCGGCCUGGACAGUGUCCAGUGGAGCAGACCCUUCCUGGAUAUGGUGUACCAUGCCCUGGACAGCCCAGAUGACGACUACCAUGCACUCUUCGUGCUCUGCCUGCUGUACGCAAUGUCUCACAACAAAGGUUUCCUUUCUGAAGAAAGGUGUGGUUCUCUGGCUUCCCCUGUUGAGGCCGAGCGGUCAGGAUCAGCCUCUCGCGGAGCUGACGGUUUUGAUGAGGAUCCAUUCAUUCACUUCCUGUCUGAGAACAGCCGCUGCUUGUGUACCACCUGGCUUGACACGAGCGAGUUCUGA